CCGCCCCGCACGGCCCAGCCCGGCCACCCGCCCCCGCCAUCGCCGGGCAGGGAGCUGAGUGGAGCUACCCUCUGGGGAAUCGCAUCAUUCCAGCCCUGCCGGGAGUGAGGCCGGGUCAGGAUGCCCGGGUCGCAGGAGGAAAAGGAGGAGCUGGACCCAGGACCCGAGGAGAAGAAAAGGGGAAGACCAAGGACGGAGAUAGAAGGCCAGCGGAGGUAGACGGCCUGAGAACAGUCGACCCGGCGAGGCCGCAACCGGAGAAGUCUCGCAGGGAGCCGGCACAAGCAGCGCGGAAGAGAGCGCAGGAGCUGCCCGGGGCGCACCAUGCGCGGGUCCCCCGCCACCCGGCCGGUCUACACGGCCGCCUGGGUCACGUGGCCCGGGCGGGUCCGCUGCGGCCCCGGCGGGGGGGCGGGCGCCGGGCCGGGGGCUCGCCGGGCCCGGGGCAGCGGCGAGCCGGCGGUGGCCGCCAGGUUCCCUCCCUGCGCGCCGCGCUGCGCCCCGGGCGUGGGAGCCGCCCACUGCUCCCCCGCGCGCGCCCCCCCGCCGCGGGGCGCCCGCCCUCUAUAUAGCGCGCCCCUGCCGGGUCCGUGCCAGGCCGCUAGCCACGCAGUGGGCGCCGCAGAGCGCGCCGCGUCCGGGAGCCAGCCCCCCGCCCCCUGCGCCGCAGCCCCGACGGGCGUCCCCCGCCGCGGCCGCCGCCGCCAGGCCCCGGCGGCCACCAUGAAGAAAGAGGUGUGCUCCGUGGCCUUCCUCAAGGCCGUGUUCGCGGAGUUCCUGGCCACCCUCAUCUUCGUCUUCUUCGGCCUUGGCUCGGCCCUCAAGUGGCCGUCGGCGCUGCCCAGCAUCCUGCAGAUCUCGCUGGCCUUCGGCCUGGCCAUAGGCACCCUGGCCCAGGCCCUGGGACCCGUGAGCGGAGGCCACAUCAACCCUGCCAUCACCCUGGCCCUCCUAGUGGGCAACCAGAUCUCCCUGCUCCGGGCUGUCUUCUAUGUGGUGGCCCAGCUGGUGGGUGCCAUUGCCGGGGCCGGCAUCCUCUAUGGGCUGGCACCGAUCAAUGCCCGUGGCAAUCUGGCCAUCAACGCGCUCAACAACAACACAACACAGGGUCAAGCUAUGGUGGUGGAGCUGAUUCUGACUUUCCAGCUGGCGCUCUGCGUCUUCUCCUCCACGGACUCCCGCCGCACCAGUCCUGUGGGUUCUCCAGCCCUGUCCAUCGGCCUGUCUGUCACACUGGGCCACCUCGUGGGGAUCUACUUCACUGGCUGCUCCAUGAACCCAGCCCGCUCUUUCGGCCCCGCAGUGGUCAUGAAGCGCUUCAGCCCCGCUCACUGGGUUUUCUGGGUAGGGCCCAUUGUGGGGGCCAUCCUGGCUGCCAUCCUCUACUUCUACCUGCUCUUCCCCAACUCCCUGAGCCUGAGCGAGCGCGUGGCCGUCGUCAAGGGCACGUAUGAGCCUGAGGAGGACUGGGAGGAACAGCGAGAGGAGCGAAAGAAGACCAUGGAGCUGACCGCCCGCUGACCAGUGUCAGGCACGGGCCAGACCCUCAGCCCCUGAACCUCAGGGGAAAAAAAAUAUAUAUAUAUAUAUGACAGCAAUGCUUCCUUCCCCCACCGCUGGGUCCUCUGGGCUGGGUUGGAGGUGCUGGCUCCCCCAGCUUCACAGUUAGGGAUGGGAGCAGGAACCCAUGAUGGGACUCGGGCAGGGGCAGGGGCCAGGGACUGGGGCCUGAUGGGGAAGGGUCUCUCUGGGACAGGGCAGACUGCUGCCCUGAGGUCAGACCUCAGAGACUGUGAAAGUACCACCAAGCUUACAGGCUUCCCCGGGGCCAGGCCAGGAAGAGGGGGGGUGGCCUGCAGUGUGCAAGCCCCCACCCUCCUCCACCCCUCCUCAAGAACAGGAGGGGUCCUAGUCCCUAGGACAGCAAAGGCCGCCCCUCCCCAGAUUGCCUUAGGAGGGAGACAGACCGGUUCAUUAAAUGCUGCCUUAUUUAUUUCUGCUCAAGAAUGCACGGGGCAGGGCUGCUGGUGUUUGGGGUAGGGGCUUCCCAAUAAACCACUGACGUUGA